UGAUCCUCAGCACUAGUGUGAGACAAGGCCAAGUGUUUGGGUGUAGGGGAGGAGAGAGAUGGGGGUGAGGGAGGUGGUGGCUCUUUGGAAUUUGAGCUGUUUUUCCAUCUUUUGAGACCCGUGCUUGUUUCUGAGCUUGGAAAGUUUUCUUCUUUUAAUUCUGGGUUUUGUUUCUUUUUCCAUGUUUCUUUUUGUCUUGGUGGUUUUUGAAGUGGGUUUUGCUUGUUAGGAGAGAGAAAGAGAGGCAAUUGGUCAAUCCUUCAUCAUGCUUGGUGUGUUUGUGCUUGCCCUUUCUGAUGUUUUGGGUCACGAAAAACAAUGCUGUAAUGAUGCUUUUACAUGGAGUUUGGUUCUGUUACCCUUUUUCUUUUGUAGCACAGCCAGAGAAAAGUGUCUGUAAUUUUGUCAUAACUUUAAAGAAAGUUAACCUCCUAUGUGAGCACUAACUAUAUAAAUUUCUUUUGUUGGGGCUUCUCUAAAUAUAGAUAUGAAGGGGGCAGCAGGGGAGCAGGGGAAUAACACAGCAUAGCAGCUCAGGAAAACUAGGCAGAGUGUGAAUUUCUUGCUGAUGGGUCUUAGUUUGAAGAUGCAGAGCCACCAUCCUGUGGCUUUGAGGUUGUAUGAUCAAAUGGGGUCUAAAAGAAAGUACACUUUCAUUCAGGCUCAUAGAGCUUGGCUUCCAAAGUUCUUGCUGCUGUGGAUCCUGCUAAUGGCUUUGAUAAGUUGGUGCAUCUUUAGCAAAAUGGAUGAUGACACUAAAGUCAGAAGGAAGGAGGUGCUGGGUAGCCUCUGUGAUCAAAGGGCAAGAAUGCUACAGGAUCAGUUUAGUGUUAGUGUUAACCAUGUCCAUGCCCUUGCCAUCCUCGUUUCAACCUUCCAUUACUACAGACACCCUUCUGCCAUUGACCAGGAAACCUUUGCCGAGUAUACAGCCCGGACAGCAUUUGAACGGCCAUUACUGAGUGGUGUGGCAUAUGCACAAAGAGUUGUUAAAUCUGAGAGAGAGAGAUUUGAGAAAGAACAUGGAUGGGUUAUAAAGACAAUGGAAGAGAAAUCUUCACUGGUUAGAGAUGAGUAUGCCCCGGUGAUAUUUGCACAAGAAACUCUCUCAUAUCUUGAGUCUCUUGAUAUGAUGUCUGGACAGGAGGACCGAGAAAACAUUUUAAGGGCUAGAGCCACUGGGAAAGCAGUUCUGACGAGCCCUUUCAGGCUGUUGGGUUCUCACCAUCUUGGUGUGGUUUUAACAUUUCCCGUGUACAAGUCCAAGCUCCCUCAGAAGCCAACAGUGGAAGAACGCAUCGAAGCAACUGCAGGAUAUGUUGGAGGAUCCUUUGAUGUUGAGUCCCUUGUUGAGAAUUUACUUGGACAACUUGCUGGUAACCAGGCAAUUUUGGUGAAUGUAUAUGAUAUCACAAACUAUACUAAUCCACUAAUAAUGUAUGGAAAGCCCUAUGAAGAAGGUGAUAUGUCUCUUGCCCAUGAAAGCAAGCUUGAUUUUGGAGACCCAUUCAGGAAACAUCAAAUGAUAUGUAGGUACCAUCAGAAGGCACCAACAAAUUGGAUUGCAGUUACGACAGCAUUUCUAUUCUUUGUGAUUCUUAUAUUAGUGGGGUACAUUUUAUACGGUGCUGGAAAUCAUAUUGUCAAAGUGGAAGACGAUUUCCAUGAAAUGCAGGAACUGAAAGUUCGAGCAGAAUCAGCCCACGUUGCCAAGUCCCAGUUUCUAGCUACGGUCUCUCAUGAAAUUAGAACACCCAUGAAUGGUAUCUUAGGAAUGCUUGCUCUGCUUCUAGAUACAGAAUUGAGUUCAACCCAACGGGAUUAUGCUCAGACUGCUCAGGCAUGCGGAAAGGCACUGAUAACAUUAAUAAAUGAGGUGCUGGACAGAGCUAAAAUUGAAGCUGGCAAGUUAGAGCUGGAGGCUGUUCCCUUUGAUCUUCGUUCCAUACUUGAUGAUGUUCUUUCCCUUUUCUCUGAGAAAUCUAGACACAAAGGUUUAGAGCUGGCUGUGUUUGUUUCUGAUAAAGUACCGGAUAUUGUCAUGGGAGAUCCUGGGAGAUUCAGACAAAUAAUAACAAAUCUUGUUGGCAACUCUGUUAAAUUCACUGAACACGGACAUAUAUUUGUCAAAGUCCAUCUAGGGGACAAUAGAAACUGCAUAAUGAAUGGAAAACAUGAGACUUUUCUGAAUGGAGAAUCAGAUGAUGUUUUCCUUAUAUCUGAUGAUUAUCAUUUCAAAACCUUAAGUGGGUGUGAAGCAGCUGACGAACGGAACAGCUGGGAUAAUUUUAAGCUCCUAAUUGCUGAUGAAAAAUGUUGCCUUGAUUCUUCAAGAGAAAUGGUGGCUACUUGCGAAACAUCUGAACAAGUCACAUUGAGGGUGUGUGUGGAAGACACAGGAAUUGGAAUCCCUUUUUCAGCACAGGAUAGGAUAUUCAUGCCUUUUGUGCAGGCUGACAGCUCAACUUCACGAAAUUAUGGGGGCACUGGUAUUGGCUUGAGUAUCAGCAAAUGUCUGGUUGAACUAAUGGGUGGUAAGAUAAACUUCAUAAGCCGACCCCAGAUUGGGAGCACUUUCUCGUUUACUGCAGUUUGUGGAAGAUUUAAGAAAGGUCCAGUUACUGACAUGAAGAAAAAUUUGGAAGAUCUUCCUUCAAGUUUUAGAGGGCUGAAAGUCAUUGUUGUUGAUGGAAAACCUGUUAGAGCUGCUGUGACUAGAUACCAUUUGAAGAGACUAGGUAUACUGGUUAAGGUUGAAAGUAGCAUCAGUAAGGCUGUUGCUUUAUAUGGUAAAAGUGGUUCUCUGGACUCAGGAAUGUUCCUACCAGAUAUUAUCAUGGUUGAAAAGGACACAUGGAUAUCUGGAGAAGAUGGGACUUUCAAUAUGUGGAAACAAAAUGGUCACAUGUUUAAGAUACCUAAAAUGAUCCUUCUGGCAACCAAUAUUAGUAACAUUGAAUUUGAUAAAGCGAAGGCCAUGGGUUUCACUGAUACUGUGAUCAUGAAGCCUCUGAGAGCUAGUAUGGUGGCUGCUUGUCUUCAGCAAGUUUUGGGGAUGGGGAAGAAGAGGCAGCUAGGGAAAGACAUGCCGAAUGGUUCUGCUUUUCUACACAGCCUUCUCUAUGGAAAGAAAAUCUUGGUGGUUGAUGACAAUGGGGUAAACCGAAGGGUUGCUGCAGGUGCUCUGAAAAAGUUUGGAGCUGAUGUGAAGUGUGCAGAAAGUGGCAAAGCAGCACUUGAAAUGCUGCAAUUGCCUCACAAUUUUGAUGCUUGCUUCAUGGACAUUCAAAUGCCAGAAAUGGAUGGAUUUCAAGCAACUAGCCAAAUUCGGAUGAUGGAGAGCAAAGCAAAUGAGGAGAUGAAGAAUGGGAGUGAGUGGCAUGUGCCUAUAUUGGCCAUGACAGCUGAUGUGAUCCAUGCUACAUAUGAUGAGUGCUUGAAACGUGGCAUGGAUGGAUAUGUCUCAAAGCCAUUUGAGGAAGAGAAUCUGUAUCAGGAAGUUGCAAAGUUUUUCAAAACAAAGACCAUCUCAGACUCAUAACAAUGUGCUUCUUACUUGGCAACCAAUUAGAAGAUUGGAGACAACACAUUUUAGUUUCUUCACAUGUUGCAUGUAACUUGUUCUUGUGCUUUGAUGCAUGGAGUGACACUUGUUUUCUCAACAUAUUUGAGUUCAUUGAUGAGGGAUCAUACUAACUGCUGCAGUUUGGUAUUGUUAGAGUAAAUGUAUACCACGCUACACCCCCCAAUAGUGUACAGAUUAUGGGUAGGGUACGAGUGAAAUUAUGUAAAUUCAAUGUUUUUUCCCUUAUAUUAUUACUUCCCCCACCCAUCAUUUAGAAGGCUUUUCAUAAGCAAUAGCUUUUUAUGUAAAGGUAUCAUGUAAUAGAUUUGGUCACUGAUAUCUAAACUUGUGUGCUUA